AUGAGUGCGAGCGGCAAGCUUCUGAACCACCGUCCGCACUUCCAUGGCCGCCACUCUUUUAUUCAAUCGGAAAAUCGAUGGCUCAAGUCCACCGGAGUUACCGCUUUCUCAUCCCCGAAAAAUCUGAAUCGCUCCAAUUUUUCAGGAUUAUGUCUUCGAAGCUUGCAAUCUCAUUCGGGCUCGGGUAAAUUUUCAAGAGCAUUCAUAGUAUGCAAGGGUGCGCCGGAAAAUUCACCUCCAGAGCAGCCUUCUGAUCAUGCAUUUGGAUCUCUUGAGAUCCAAGAUGAGAUUUCAUUGAUGACCAUUUUGAAGGGAGCAAACUCUUUUCUACCUCAAGUGGUCCUAGCAAGUACAGUUUUGGCUAUUAUAUACCCGCCCUCAUUUAGUUGGUUCACUAACAGGUACUAUGCUCCAGCAUUAGGAUUUUUGAUGUUUGCAGUUGGAGUUAAUUCAAGCGAAAAAGAUUUUCUCAAAGCUUUCAGUAGACCAGCAGCCAUUAUUGCUGGCUAUAUUGGUCAAUUUGUUGUGAAGCCCCUUCUUGGGUACUUUUUCGGCACAAUUUCAAUGACUAUAUUCGGUCUUCCGACUUCCUUAGGUGCUGGGAUUAUGUUAACUUCUUGCGUCAGUGGCGCCCAGCUCUCCAAUUACGCCACUUUUCUAACAGAUCCUGAAAUGGCGCCACUAAGCAUUGUAAUGACGUCUAUAUCCACUGCCACUGCUGUUUUUGUUACCCCGUUUUUGUCCUUGUUGCUUAUCGGCAAAAAGCUUCCGGUUGAUGUGAAAGGGAUGGUUUCCAAUAUCCUCCAAAUCGUUGUCACUCCUAUUGCAAUUGGAUUACUUUUAAAUAGGUUUUUUCCUAAAAUUUGUAAUGCCAUCCGACCAUUUCUGCCCCCGCUUUCGGUUUUCGUGACUGCUCUCUGUGUUGGUGCCCCACUUGCGAUCAACGUGGAGUCGGUGAUGUCGCCUUCUGGGAUUUCAAUCCUCCUGCUGGUGAUAGCAUUUCAUCUGUCGGCUUUCAUUGCCGGGUAUUCUUUCACGGGUCUCAUUUUCCGUGAUUCCCCUGACGUCAAAGCUCUGCAAAGAACGUUAUCCUACGAGACAGGCAUGCAGAGCAGCCUUUUGGCUCUAGCGCUUGCAAAUAAGUUCUUUCAAGAUCCACUCGUCAGCAUUCCUCCUGCUAUUUCGACGGUAAUUAUGUCGUUGAUGGGAUUCUCUCUCGUAAUGCUCUGGGCCCACUGGAAACAAACUGCUCUCCAGUGA